UCACCUCCGCGCGCUGACCCGGAUGUUGUUGCCGCCGCGGCCGCAGGAUGGGGACGACCGCGGCGCUGCUCCGGAUCGUCCCCGCGCCCGGCACCGAGCGCGGCGCGGCGUGACGUCAGCACGGUGACGUAACAACCCCCUCCUUCCAACCCCCCCUUCUCCCCCCCCCCCGCGCUAUCCCGGUAACGGCGCGACCCCCCCUCCCGCCGUCUCCCCCGGUUCCAGUUCUGCGCCUGCGCGGAGCCGUCUCCCCCCCCCCCCCCCCGCAAUGGCGGCUGUGGGGGGCGGGGCCUGCCCGGGGGGCGGGGCCGCGCUGGAGGAGGAGUGCGAGGUGGUGCGCGUGCGCGUCAAGAAGAGCGAGGGGCUGCAGCCGCCCGAGUUCCGCUCCUUCGCCGUGGACCCGCAGAUCACAUCCCUGGACGUGCUGCAGCACAUCCUGGCCCGCGCCUUUGACCUGCAGGGGAAGAAGAGCUUCUCCAUCAGCUUUGCCGCCCGCGACCCCCAGGGCCAGGAGAGCUUCGUUCCGCUGCUGAGCGAUGGGGACUUGGCGGCCGCCUUCGCCUGCGCCCGGCCCGCGCUGCGCCUGCGCCUCGACGUGCGGCCCCCGGCUGAGAGCCCGCUGCUGGAGGACUGGGACAUCAUCAGCCCCCGGGAGGUGGCGGCGGUGGAGCCGCUCCCUGAGCGCCGCUCGCUGCUGGCUGCGGCUCUGCCCUUCACCCAGGCCCUGCUGGCGCAGGUUGGCCGGACGCUGGCCCGGGCUCAGGCCGCCCUGGCAUGGCCUGAGGGGUCCCCCCCCCUCACCCCCGCUGCCGCCCCCCCCCUUGUGCCACUGAGCGAUGCCGACCUCCGCACGUACCUGGGCCCCGGCGGGCGGCUGCUGCGGCCCCACGACCUGCGGCUCCACGUCUACCACGGCGGCGUCGAGCCUGGCCUGCGCAAGGUGGUGUGGCGAUACCUGCUGAACGUCUUCCCGGCGGGGCUCUCGGGGCAGGAGCGCUUGGCUCACCUGCGCCACAAGGCGGGCGAGUACGCGGCGCUGAAGGCGGCGCUGGCGGCGCGGGCGGCCCCGGCCGAGCUGGCGCUGGUGGCGGCCGCCGUGCGCAAGGACGUGGUGCGCACCGACCGCGGGCACCCCUACUUCGGCGGCCCCGAGGAGGGACACCCGCACUUGGCCGCGCUGCAGGCGCUGCUCACCACCUUCGCGCUGGGCCACCCGCGCCUCUCCUACUGCCAGGGCAUGUCGGACGUGGCGGCGCCGCUCUUGGCCGUGCUGGACGACGAAGCUCAAGCUUUCCUCUGCUUCUGCUCCCUCAUGCGCCGCCUCGGACCCCGCUUCCGCCCCGGUGGCCGGGGCCUGGCCCGCGCCUUCGCCCACCUCCGGCGCCUCCUGCGCCGCGCCGAUCCCCCGUUCUGGGCCUUCCUGGCUGCCCGCGGCGCCCACGACCUGCUCUUCUGCUACCGCUGGCUCCUGCUGGAGCUCAAGCGCGAGUUCGCCUUCGAGGACGCCCUGAGGGUGCUGGAGAUCACUUGGAGCUCGCUGCCACCCGCUCCUCCGCCCCCCCCCGAUGGGGUUCCCCUCCUUGGAGCCCCCCUUGGUCUGCGCCGGGCCCGCCGGGGGCUGCGGGAGCGGCGUGGGCUGAGGCCGCGGCCCCCCCGGCGCCUCCGCCGGCAGCGGCAGCGCAUGGAGGCCACCGCGGAUGGGCAGGAGGGGGCUGGGAGCUCCAAUGAUGGGUCUAAGGUCUCUGUGGGUGUCCCAGAGGCUCCCAAGAGGUUUGGGGAUGAGCAAGAGACACCAAAGAGCUCCAGUGAUGUCCUGGAGGGUCCUGGGAACUCCACGGUUAUCCAGAGCUUUGGGGAUGACCAGGAAGGGCUCAAGAGCUUCAGCAGCGUCAAGGAUGGUUUUGGGGGCAAACGCGAGAAGCUCGAGGUCUAUGGGGAUGUCUCAGCUUGUCCUGACAACUGGAAUGACCAAGAGGGCUUGAAGACCUCCUGGAAUGUCCCUGGGAGCACCAAGGGCCUUGGGGAGGUCCAGGGUGGUGCUAAUGCCCCCAGGGGUCUCCAAGAGCAUCCCAAAGCCUCCAGUGAUGGUGGCCAAGAUGCCGGUGCUCCCAAGGACACGGGAGAAGCGCAAGACCCGGAUGUCUCCAGGAAGACCUGCGAAGCUCACAGCAUCUCCAAGAAGCCACGUGAAGAUGGGAACACCCUGGAGAAGUCUGACCGCAACCACAGCGCUUCCAAAGCGAGUGGGGGGCACCUCGAUGCACCCAAAGACAUCAGCAGAGACUCCAAGCUCCUCCCUGUGGUUGGCGACAGCUUCCAGGAGAUCAGUGGCGACUCCUCCUGUUCCCUUGGAGAGGUUGGUGAAGACGCCAAAGAUGCUGGUGGAGACCCCAGAAGGGUUGGUAAAGACCCCGAAGAGGGUGAAGACUGCAAAGAGGCUGAUAAAGACCGCACAGAGGUUGGUAAGGACCCCAAUGAGGUUGGUGAAGGCCCCAAACAGGUUGAUGGAGACCCCGAAGAGGUUGGUGUAGAUCCCAUAGAGGUACGUGAGGACCCCAUAGCGUUCCAUGAGGACCCCUUAGAGUUCCAUGAGGACCCCAUAGAGUUCCAUGAGGACUCCAGCAUGGGCAUGGCCGCUGCUGAGGACCCCUGGGGUGGCACUUGGGCUUGGGAAGCCUCAAGUUCCUCCUCCUCCUCGUGCUCCUCUUCCUCCUCAGAGGAUGAGGUGGGGGUGGAGGACGACGGGGCGCCGCUGCCGCCGCCGGAGGAGCUGGGCCAGGGGAACCCCUUCCUGCUCUUCCUGUGCCUGGCCAUGCUGCUGGAGCAGCGGGAGGCGGUGAUGGGCCGCGCCGGGGACUACAACGAGGUGGCCAUGCACUUCGACCGCCUGGUGCGGCGCCACCACCUGCCCCGCGUCCUGCACCGCGCCAAGGGGCUCUUCGCCCGCUACCUGGAGGGCUGGGGGGGGGCGCCCCCGGGGGGGCACAGCACGGGGUAAAUUGGGGGGGGUGUGGGAUGGGGGGUUCGAAGGGGUGGGGGGGUAAUGGGGGAAGCCCAUGGACAAUAUAUGGGGACUGUGGGUUCGCUUUGGGGGCUCUUGGGGCAUCAUGGGGAGCCCGAGGGCAAUGUGGGGGCUCCAUGGACACCAUGUGGGGACCCACAAGACAAUGUGGGAACACCAUGGGGAGCCCUAGGUCAGUAUGGGGACCCAUAGGACAAUGUGGGGACCCCAUAGACAGCACAUGGAGAGCUGUCAGUCCUCUUCGGGGGCUCCUAGGGCAUCAUGGGGAGCCCGAGGGCAGUAUGAGGACCCCAUAGAUACCACAUGGGGGCCUGUAGGUCAAUGUGGGGACCCCACACAUACCACAUGGGGACCUCUCGCUCCUCUUUGGGGACACUAUGGAGUGCCCUAGGUCAGUGUGGGGACCCAUAGGUCAAUGGGGGGACCCCAUAGAUACCACCUGGGGGCCUGUAGGUCAAUGUGGGGACCCCGUAGACAACAUGUGGAGACCUGUUGGUCCUUUUUGGGGACCCACAGACUGCUGUGGGGACUCCCAGGUCAACAUAGGGACCUGUAAGCCCAUAUGGGGGCCCCCUUGAACCCCUAUAAAGGACCUCUAAGAGACAAAUGGAUCCCCUGGAGACACUCCAGUAUGGACCAGUAUGAAUCACUACAUCCCAGCUGGGAACUCCUGGAUCUAAAUUGCCUUGGGCCAGACCAGUAUGGACCAGCACGGGUCUGGGUUGGAGCAGGAUGGACCAGUACAGCUCCAUCAACUGGGAUCGCUGCUUUGAUAUGGCCUUCAGCCCUCCCAGUAUGGACCAGUAAGGACCAGCACGGCAGCCCAGUGGGAGCUCUUCACCUGCGUGGCCUUGCGUCCUCCCAGUAUGGACCAGUACGGACCAGUACAGCAUCUUGCCCAGGAUCUCUUCACCCCUGUGGCCUUGCGUCCUCCCAGCAUGAACCAGAAUGGACCAGUAUGGACCAGUACAGCAUCUUGCCCAGGAUCUCUUCACCCCUGUGGCCUUGCAUCGUCCUAGUAUGGACCAGUAUGGACCGAUAGGGCGCCCUGACUGGGAUCUAAUGCACAUACGGCUUUUCCCAGUAUGGACCAUUGCAGCCCAGUUCCUGCCCCCUGCCCCGGGUGCCUUUUACCCCCCUCCUUAUUUAUUGCCCCCUGCCCCCGGGGGGGUAUUUGGGCAUCUGGGGGUCUGUGGGGUGCUGGAGACGUGAAUAAACCUGAUGCCCGUGA